AUGUUCACUCCCGACGACUCCAGCUCAUCACCAGAUGAUAAUAGUGUUUCCGUUAAUAAAAAAGCCACAUCUCGCCGAACCAUGAGGUCACUCUUCGCAGAAGACGCUCUGCAAUCCAAGCAAGGCGUUACUUCACUACGCUAUGAGGAUAAGAGUGCCACAAACAAAACCGUCUCUCUCAACGUUAUGGGAAAGAACAAUAGUAGUGGUGACAAUAAUAACACAUAUAGUAUUCCACCAAAUGCCCCAUCACCACUCCAGACCGCUUCACAGGCUGUGGUGUUAACAUACAAAGGUGAAAACUCAUUGGGGCCAUGUGUAGUUGCUCUGUGUGUGCCACAUAUAAAUGCUUCUAUUACUGUUCCACUUAUCGCCAUUGUUGACCGCGAGAAACGUCCACAAUGUCGUGUACGAUUGGAUGAGAAUCUUCAGUUUCUACAAAACAAGUCUGAACCACAAUAUGCUUCUUUGUAUGAUCCUACCUUUGAUUGUCAUUGGACACUUAUGUUCAAAGGACGCCGUGAAUGUACGGAGUUUGUUGCCGCUGCUCAGACAAGUCUUCACUGCACAGAUAUAGGAAACAAUGAAAAGGUUCCUUAUAUUAAUUGGUAUAAUAAAAUAGAAGAAGAAGAAAAAGAAGGUGAAUCUACAAAGAUUGUUUCCCGUGGUGAUGUUGUAUCUGUCUCAUUUAUGAUAUGGUUGCUUCGUCGGGUGCCAGGUACACGCUUUUUCUCACUGGGUAAACUAAUUGAGGAAGUCCCUCCAGAGGCACCACGUGAAAUUGUAGUUGGUGAGGGAACCAUGAUGAUUGGUAUAGAAGAGUCUCUUCUUGGGAUGAGUGGUAGCAACAGUAAUGAUAGUGGUAGUGGAACUUCAAGAUUAGUCUUUGUACCACCCCAAAAAACACAAAUUUGGAAGGGCAUAGGCAAUCCAGAAGUGACAUCAACUGAUAGUAUUGUUGUACAUAUCACCUGUCAUGAUGUUAUCUCACGUUGUACCGGUGGUAGUGGUGGUAAUAGUAGUAGUAAUAGUAAUAGUCGCAGACCGGUUAUCACAGAUGACUUUGGGAAUCGAGUUUUCAAAGGUAACAAACGGAUUGAAGAAAGAGAAAUAAUGCACAGCAAGAAUAAUACCCCACCGGUAGAAGUUCCAAUGAAUCCUACGACUGGUAUUGGUGACACUAACAUGCUUUUACAAGCCUUCCUUUUACAAACACUACAGCAACAACAAUUAAAUAACAAGAAUGUUGCUGGUCUGGGAAAUUCUACUACGGAGACUCAAAGUACAACUCGCUGGGAUGUUGUCGAACGUAGCCUUGAACGAGUUCAACUACAGCUUUCAUCACUUUACGAAAAGAUUGAUCGUCUAGGUAUAGAUGAAAAAAUUGAGAAAAAUAAUCUUGCCAUUGAACGAAUUGUGAAGAAAGCCAUUGGAAAAGCACCCGUUAAUGAUGUGGAUAUAGAAGAUAUGGUAAAAGACCGAGAUGGUCUCCUUGCUGUUAUUGAACGACUUAAAGUUCGUCUUGAAGAGGAGUCAAGUAAUUAUCACCGAGCCCUUGAAGCGAUGGGACGUCACAAGGAUGAUCUUCAUCGCAUGCAGAAUGAUAUUAGAAUACAAGAAGAAACACACACCACACGGAUGCGGGAAUUAGAGGAGCAGCGGCGAUUGCAAUUGGUGGAAGCGGAAGUGCGACACCGUCAGGCUCUCGAACGGGUAUCAGAAGAAAAGUUCCGCGAGGGUCAAGAUGCGGGUUUCAAGGCGGGUGUAAAGGUUGGGCGACAAGAGGCACAUGAUGCGGCGGGUACACAUAGUGAAAUGGAAUGGAAGGAACGUGUUUUUGCUAGUGAGCAGCGUGUUGUGUUGUUGGAAUCAGAAAUGCAGGAAAAGGAGGGACAUCACAUUGCGGAACGGCGACGAUUGCAAGAACAGAUAGAUGCACUACAAGAUAUGUUAUCACGAUUGGAAAAACGUGAAGAGAAAACGGAGGGACAAAUUAUCUCACAGUUUGGUCCUGAUAUAAUAUCGAAACAGUGUAAAACACUGCGUCGUGCGUUGAAUGCGACAUACACAAACAUCGAGACACAAUUGUGUGCGUUAAAUGAAGAAACUGUGAGGGUUGAGGAUGUUUUGCAAAUGGUGCUCUUCGCCGUAAGAUCUGAAGCUCAUGCAUUUACAGAUGAAAUUAAAAAAGAGGCGGCAUUGCAGUCGGAGAGAAUACCUCCUGUUGGUGAUAUUGGAGAACGGUUGGCUACACUAUUGAAUGCUCAAGGCGAAUCCGCUUCUACAGCAGAGAAAGUGGGUAAAGAAGUAGUGUCUGAAGAUGGAAAUGAUGAGGUAGUAAAAGGAAAAGAAGAACAAGAACCAAAUUUUGUGAUGUUUCCUCCCUCACAUGAUGUUACAACAGAGAUACAUCAACAAAAGCAAAAGGAUGACUUUCUGGAUUUAGGAACCCUACCACCAGCACCACCACAGAUGCUGCAAACAUCAGCAUAUAAUAAUGCCGAUGUAUUUCCUGAUCCCCCUGAACUUUUGUUAACAGAUGAUAAUUAUGACAAGAGUAUUGUUUCAGAGUGUAAACAGGUUAUGGGGGUUUGCUCAUUGGAAGAAGAAAAAGCUGAGGAUAAGAACAAUUCUUGA